AAGACAAAGAACUGUGCAUGUCCCUUAUUGCUCUUUGCCGUCCUCUGCCAGUCACUUUCCACCGAGCCUUUGACAUGGUACAAGAUCCAAUGGCAGCCCUAGAGACCCUCUUAACCUUGGGAUUUGAGCGAGUAUUGACCAGUGGAUGUGACAGUUCAGCACUAGAAGGACUACCCCUAAUAAAGCGACUCAUAGACGAGGCAAAAGGCAGGAUUGUGGUAAUGCCAGGGGGUGGCAUAACAGAAAGAAACCUACAAAGGAUCCUUGAGGGUUCAGGGGCCACAGAAUUCCACUGUUCUGUUCGAUCUGCUAGAGACUCAGGAAUGAAGUUUCGAAAUUCCUCUGUUGCUAUGGGAGCCUCACUUUGUAGCUCAGAAUAUUCUGUAAAGGUAACAGAUGUGACCAAAGUAAGGACUUUGAAUGCUAUUGCAAAGAAUAUCCUGGUUUAGCCAGACCUCUCUGAGACACAUGAUGAUCACUGGAUAAAGGUAGAAGUAUAACCUACAAUUUCUUAUGAGACAGUUUUAACUUACUUCUCUUCACAUGGCCAUGGAGAAUGUUUUCCAGAAGAAAAGGAACUUGAAACAGAGAUACAAUCACUUUCUUUGCUUAAUCUUGCCAGCCAUUGCUGUCAUCAUGAAUAAAUCUGGUCUGUGCUUUCUCUGCAAACAGACUUAGUUUGUGGUGAACUGGGAAAACUCAGCUGCAAGGUACGAAUUUAGAGUGUGACUUCAGGAUCAAUUCAGU